CUUCCCAUUCCGUACGUUAGGACCGUUAGGUCGAAGAAAUUGAUCUAUUCAAUGACAUUUCCCUAAUUUAUCUCGUAUAAUCAUCAUCAUCAUAAUAAUAAUUUCAAUGGCCGAUUGAUCUGUGUUUCAUCGCGUCAAUGGCGAGUCGUUCGAUUUCUAGGGUUUCAAUCAUUCUCCUCUUUUGUUUUCCAGAAGUUUUGUUAUCAGCAGUUGUGACACUACAUUCUAUUGAAAUAUAUACAACUCAUGCAUGGAUAUCGUCAUCGCCGAAAGUUUACUUUCAAUGUAAAGGGGAGAAGAUGACGGUUUUGCAGGAUGUGAAGAAGAAACACACUGUAUAUACUUUCAGGGAUGAAGAAUCUUUUCAGCCUCUUGUGGAUUUCAAAAGUACAAAAUGCAAGAGAUGCGGAUUUUAUGAAGAGAGGCUUAUUAAAUCUGACGAUGUGUUUGACGAGUGGGAAUUCUGUCCUGAUGAUUUUAACUCUGAUGAUGGUCGGUACAUUCACACCAAAGACGAGGAACUUAAUGCAACAUUUGUGUGUAAAGAGUGUGUAAAAAAAGGCGCACCCAAGAGCUCAGAUAAAGAAAACGACUCUCGUUCUCAUGAAAAAGAAAAUGGAAUGCACUGGUCUAUGAUAAUAAUCAUUGGUUUAAGUGUAGUGUCUUCUACUGUACUAUUGAUCAUGGGAUUACUUCUUGCGUACAAGAUUUGGCAGAAGCGAAAGCGACAGCAAGAUCAGGCUCGGUUUAUGAAACUGUUUGAAGAUACGGAUGAGAUAGAAGAUGAAUUAGGUAUUGGUCCUCUUAGUGACUCAGUCUAACAAAUGUUUUUAUGCAAUUUUAACUUUUGCUCGGUUCUUCAUAUAUACAAAAGCAGUUGAGUUUAUAAAAAGGUGAUUGUAGAUCUAAAGUGGUUUGAUAUGGUAAGUGUUAAAUCUGAGGUCGUUUACACAGGUGAAUCAAGAACGCAACUCCAAUUAAAACUUUUGCUUAACACCCUUGAACAAACAAAUAAAGGUUGUAUAUGGGAUUA